AUGAAAAUGUCGUUUUGUCAGUGGAUCUCGCUUACCUAUUUCCUACUAGCAUACACGAGAAGAUGUACGAGUAAUUUGAAUCGAGUUUCAAUUACUGUACACUCAACAUCGGCCAGAAGUGAUCGAUUGACGAUACUUAUGAAAAAGUUGUACUACAGGAACCAGUUUGUUAUUGAAAGUUAUUUGAUUCUGAAGUUAGGAAGGCCUGCCAUGCCGAACCCGGACGAGGUAGGGGAAUGUACUUACUGCUUUGCCGUAAAUGUUUUGUUUGCUGCUCGUAAUCUCCAGUUUACGGCGAAGAAAGUAAGAACAACGCGCGGUAGGUAGCACGACAACAUGGUUGGCAUGUCUGUUGUUGCUCUUGUAGUGUAGAAGAGAGUUGUAGUGUAGAAGAAAGAAACACGAUAUGAAGACGAACGAAGAUUAUAAGUGGUAAUAAAAACAGCUCCUUCUGCGCUUCGUUUAUACCUGUUCCUUUGUUGUAUUGGAUACGACUGCUUGUUCCGCGUUUUCCUUAUAGCGUCACCAUCAACAUCAUUCAUUGAUUGUUAAUUCCAGUUACCUGCGGCCGGCUUAUUUUUUUCGUUUUACAUUAUUAUUCAGGGUGACCGAAAUGAUAAAUCUAUCUAUGAUCACGCUGCAACUUCUAUGGUGUCGUAAGGUCUAAUUUCCUCCGGUGGGAAGCUGGGCGCUGGCUAUUUCGGCAGCAGGGGAUCCCUGCUGUCCGAGAUGAUUACCUUAUUCUUAGGUCGUUUCGUUGUCUAAUCAGAAAAUCUCCUCGUGGAUUUCCUGUCGAGACAGCGACGAAAGGCGACCAUCUUUUCUUCAACAGGAUUAAUUAUUAUACUACAACUACUCCUUUUUAAACUUAACACCACGAAGAAUAAGAUGCUUCUCGUUGAACCACUACUAUGCUCUCAUAAUUACUACAAAAAUCUUCAAUGCUAAACUCCUAUAUUUCCAAAUUGAUAUUUCAAUUUCCUGCGCACCAUUAUGCUCAGGGCUUUCCUUGGAUCACGUUGUUAUAAAAAGUUGAAAUGCAGCUGCUCAUUACUCGCUUUCAUCUCAUCGAACAAAGAACAUAAUUACGACCAAUAUGACUGUCUCUACACAUACGAGAUGCAGAUCGCUCGUACUCCUGGCCCAGCAACUACGAGGACCAUUCAGUGCAUUAUACUAUCAAAAUUUAUUGAACGAGAAGUUUUGAGUUGUCGUCGAUAUUGAGUACCCAAGAAGAGGUUCAGGUUGAUUAGGUAGUUCUGUGCUGUAGAAUACCAAUCUGUUAUUUGUGUCAGUGUGUGUUUGAAGAUAGCCUGCUCACAAUUUUCUUGAUGAAAAACAACAUUUGAGGUGGGAAAGUAGAUUGCAGGGUAAGGUGGACGAGGUCUCCGAACCUUCAAGGUAGACCGAACCCUUCAACGUGGCGAGAAGAAACAACAAUUGAUCUAUUGAGAAGUAUUCGCAAGGCCCCUGAUACUGUCACCCUCAACUACGUGCUAGGAUCUGGAAGGAGGUAUCAAUGGGGUUAAUCCUAGUAUACCAAUUGUAUUACUUGCUAUCAACUUAUAAGGCCUGUUCGCACUAUUUCUCGGUUCUUUCUGUCCCUUUCUGUGCCAAGUCCUGGGCAAGCGUCUACCUAGUGUUGUUCAAGCAUCCACCGUUGGUAUGGCUUGAGAAACGAGGCCCCAGCCUCUGAAGACUGCUCUUGUUUCGUCAAAAUAAGAGGCGCCUCAUCAAUACAGAUUUUUUGCGAGUAAUGAAUGAAAGUAGAUUGUUAAUAUGCGCGAAAGAAGACUACAAAGGUCGGAUGACGGAAAAU